ACGAUUGACUUAUACGACAAUACAUCAUGAGUGUAGACCUUCAAGGCAACUGGGACAUUGUCGUAACAUCCCUCCAAGACAUAUGCAACGCUAACGAAACGAUAACAUUUAAUAACAUCUACAAGGGCGUAUCGAACUCCACCCUCCAACAAGACAUAAUCGACCACAAGUCCAACAUUGGCACUGGUAAACGUCUAAUCAAAACAUCACAACAAUCACUCAAACUCAUAAUUGAUAAAUUAUCUGAAGAGCAAGCAAAACCAGCCACGAAAUCCAUUGCAAAGAAAAACUUGCACAGAUCGAGCAAGACAUCCACUUCCAAGAAGAAUGUCAGCACUAGAAAAUCAGGCCGAUCAUUCUGGACAUCAAAGUUCAAUCCAAACGAACCGAUCGUGGUAUCCCUGGAAGUCGCUUACAAACUCAAGAACCGACAUUUUGAAGAAUGGAUUCAAUGUGAAGUUAUGAAGGUUUUGGGUGAUGGUAACAAAUUCGAAAUUAGAGACCCUGAACCCGAUGAAAAUAAUAACCCAGGUCAAACAUUCAAAGCUACUUAUAAAGAAAUAUUGCUUAUUCCUGAUGAGGAUAGUGAGUUGUUGGUAUAUCCUUAUGGAACAAAAGUAUUGGCGAGAUAUCCUGAAACCACUACAUUCUACCCUGCUAUCGUGGUAGGAACCAGAAAAGACGGUAGGGUUAGACUAAAGUUUGACGGGGAAGAUGAAGUUAACAAAGAAACGGAAGUUGAAAGAAGGUUGGUUUUGCCAUUUCCUGAUAAGUGAUCUUGUGUGUAUUACUUUGUAUCUAUUAAUGUAUAUUAAAUCUGGCAGCCAU